UGGCAGGGAAGGGCAGUUUGGGAUCAUUGAUAGGCUCCAAGUUGACCUCCACAUCCUCUGAGCAUGAAGCCUUUUGCAAAAGUGCCCGGACCAAGUAAUUUGCUUUGUUGUCUGUGGAGGAAUGAAGUCAGUCUCCCUCUUUUAGAGGGGAGAUAGGUAGAGUUCCUUCAGUUCUGUUCCACUUUACUGCAUUGAAAACAUCCUUGGGUUCUUCAAAUUCAUCAACUUUUGCAUGCCAGAAGUGGUGUUUGCUGUGCCAGACAACGCAGCGAAGGGCUUGUUUAGCAUCCCCAAUGUCCUCUGAUGUGGAUGUUGGGUCUUGUGUGACCCUGCGGAGUGUCUUGACUACUCUGGAACAAUCCUGGUUCCACCAUUUGUGGCCACAGGGCCGGGGAUAUGCUCGCUUGGUUGAGGCCUCCAGAGAGGUGGAGAUCGCCUGGGUGAUGCUAAGUGCGAGCUCAGGCUAUUCCAUCCACAUGCCUUUUCUCCCCUUGUAUUGUCUCCUGGAACAAAUUGUCAUUGAGGGUAGACCAGCGGAGAGGCGGAGUAUCCCAGGAGGUGGGAGGUCUGCAGUGACUUCUGAGGAUAUCCCAAGGUUGAGCAGAGCGCUAUUGGCCCAAGAUAGGUCAAUCAUGUUUUGUCCUCGAGUUGGUGAGUCUGGUGGGAGUGUCAGGGAGAGAUCUUGGGAAUCUGUCCAAGAUAGGAAGGGUUCAGCUCUGGGAGAGGGUCGAGCAGAGGACUGCCAUAUAGGAUGCUGGAGAUUGAAGUCUCCGGCUAUUAGGCAGGGGUGGGACGGGGCUGUCCCUGUCAUGAGGGAGUCCAGGCCUUGGCCUUCAUUGACUGCCCCUCGGGGGGCAUUAUAGACAUUAACCAGGAGUGCAGCUCUCUGGGGAGUGGUGAUUCAGACAGCCAGAACAUCUCUGGAAGUUGGUCCAAAAGGGACUAGUUCUGCUUUUAGGUGUGGGUGUUUAGAUAUAUAAGUGAGGACUCGGGGCCUAUCUGUCCAGUCUUCGAUCGGGGCGAAUUGGUGGA